AUGGCGAAUUCGAUCAAUAAAUCAACUCAUAGAUCAGCUCACCAGCAGAGUGCAUCGACUUUUGGAGAAGAGAUAGUUCCGAAUUCGGCCAGAAAAAAAGAUGGCGCCUCUGAAAAAUCCCAGGCUGCAGGAGGGUGCAAGGAGGAUAACUUCGGGGAGGCGACGGCGCUGGAGCCGUGGGGAAUCCCGCGCGGGGGAGAAGAUGGUCGUGGUCGGAGAAUCGCGACGGGGCCUUCCUCCAUGCGAGAGUCCUAUUGGAGACCCGCUAGUUUCCGCCCGCGACCCGCGUGCCUAUGCAAGGGUUCUGUUGGAAACUCGCUUGCUUCAGCAGCACUCGCUCGCGCGAACAUCCUGCUGGAGACCCUUAAUACUCGCCGCGUGAGACCCGCAAGGCAUCUUACCCAGCGACCCGUUCGCUGCAAGAGCAUUCCAGCGAGAGACCCGCUCAAUGCCCGCUAG